GGUGCCCGCCAGUCGGAGUGAGAGCGCAGCGCCGGGCGAUUGUGCUGGGCUGGCAGUGCGAGACACGAGCCCUCCCCCGCUUUCGCUCGUGGCUUUUGCCACUCUCUCUGCACCAUACACACUCAUAGUGCCACCUCUAACAACCAGAGAAGAGCUGUCAGCUGCAUUCCGCAAGCCGUAGAAACUUACCUGUCAUUUAUUUUAUUUAUUUUUUUUUUAUUUGGACGCCGGCUUUGCGUGAAGCAUGUGGGAAGAAGACUGGCAGUUGAAGGCGGACGCAUAACUGCUCCGGUCGUGUGAGGGGCGGUGGGAGGGAAGGUUAGGAAUUAUUCUGACAAAGAAUUAGCGUGUGCAACAGCUAUUACACAAUAUACAGCUGGUGUUUUAGCAAAGAAGAUUAUUCACACAAGGGUAUCCCUUGUGCGUCGCAUGUGACUGGUUUCUUCAUCAACAAUGCAUCUCUUGCAUAAUAUUGUUGCUGGCGAGGUCCGACGAUGACUGAGCACCCAGACUCAAUCAACCCGGACCUGUGAAGAACACAGCUUCCGAUGGUGACAGAAAUUAUGGAACCUUUGGACAUCAAUCGAAGGAAACUUGUCUGAAGAGGACUGUGGCCUAUGGGAGUGUCGAUGAUGCGGCCGCUGAGGGUGGCUCCGGCGCACCUCACCCUCUCCCUCCUGCUGCUGUUUCUGGCACUGUCAGCGCUGCCUGUGCAGGGCAGCGCGCGAGGUGGAGGAGAGCAACCGCGUUACGAUACGGUUUACGCCUGUGAGGGUAAGGUGCUCGCCAUCCGCUGCACCGACGGAAACCUCAUCCAUCUGAUCCGCGCCAACUACGGCCGCUUCUCCAUCACCAUCUGCAACGAACACGGGAAUACAGAGUGGAGCGUUAACUGCAUGUCGCCAAAGUCGCUACGCGUGCUGCACAACAGAUGUAGCCAGCAGCAGAACUGCAGUAUUGUUGCUGCUACAAGUAUGUUCGGGGAUCCUUGCCCGGGCACUCUAAAAUACUUAGAGGCCCACUACCAGUGCAUGCCAGCGACGACGACGACGGACCGGCCGAGCCCGCCCUGGCUGACGACGUCGCAGCCGUCGCCCUGGAGCACGGUGCGCGUGGAGGCGCCGCUGCCGCCGCCCCCGCCCCCGCAGCCGCAGCCGCCGGCCGCCCCCGCCCCCGCGGACACGGCGCUCGUCCCCGGCACUCUGCCGGCCCUGCCGCCGUCCCCCGUCACGCAGUCGCCGCCCCCGCCACAGGACACGGCGACGGUGGUUCCUCCCAGCACGUCUACAGGUCGCACCGGCUCGGCUGCAGCUGCGGCGGCGGCGGCGGCCGCAGCGGCGGCGGCGGCGCCGCCGUCGCACUUCCCUCCGGAGGAGCUGUCGCGGCUGUGCCCCGCGGUGACGGCGCGCAACCUCUUCUGGAACUGGACGUGGGCGGGCGACGUGGCCGAGCAGCCGUGCCCCGGCGGCUCCACGGGCCGCGCGCGCUGGCAGUGCCGCCGGCGCGACGACGGGCCGCCGCUGUGGGCGGCCGACGCGCCCGACCUCUCCGACUGCCACACGCUCUGGUUCACCAACCUCGAGACGCGCAUGACGCACGGAGACUCCAUCACCACCAUCGGCAACGAGCUGGCACAGGUAACAGAGAGUGUGCCCCUCUAUGGGGGAGACAUGCUGGCUGCUGCUGAAAUUACACGGAAACUGGCCGGAAAGAUGUCUUCCGAUAUCUCGACUUUCCCCGACCCUCGACAGCGUGAGGCCAUUGUCACAGAACUUUUGUACAGUGUCAUCCGCACGGGCAGCAACUUGUUGGAAUGUUCUCAUCACCAGAGCUGGAAGGACCUAACAUACAAGCAGCAACUCCAGGUUGCAACUGAAAUGCUAAUGGGCCUUGAAGAAAAUGCAUUCUUGCUAGCUGAGACUGUGCGCCGUGAGAAGAGGGUUGUGCAGACCGUCAAGAACAUAUUGCUGAGUGUAAGAGUAAUUCCACUUGCCCAAGUCAGUGAAGUGGAGGUGUUUCCUCUGGCAGAAACUCACGUUCCAUGGCCAAUAUCGCAGAACUGGGUAGAACUUCCAAGAAUGUCUGUUCUGGAAAACAGUGACGGAGGAUUUGUACGCAUAGUAUUUGCAACUUUUGAUCGAUUAGAUGAGGUCCUGCAGCCGAGGAAUCGGUCUCAAAGAAUCAAUUCUAAAAUUAUUGCAGCUUCUCUUGGGAAAGGAAAGCACAUACAACUAUCAAAACCUGUGAAAAUAAUUCUACAGCAUAUUGAUACAAGCAGCAACCUCACAAAUCCUUCGUGUGUUUUCUGGGAUUAUGUAAAUGGGGCAUGGUCUGAUGAAGGCUGUCAAGUUGAAAAGACUAAUGCAACUCAUACCCUGUGUGUAUGUGACCAUUUAACCAACUUUGCCAUACUGAUGGAUGUGCGUUCUGUAAAAAUUGAGGCCGCGCACGAGUUUGUGUUAUCGUUCAUAACUUAUGUGGGCUGUAUCAUCUCUGUUGUGUGCCUGGCCCUGGCAUUUCUCACCUUUCAAAUUUUCCGUGGACUCAAGUCGGAUCGUACAACAAUCCACAAGAAUUUAUGCAUCUGUCUUUUAAUUGCGGAAGUAGUAUUUCUGUUUGGCAUUGGCCAAACGCAGCAUCGAGUAAUUUGUGGUGCUGUCGCAGGGCUUCUGCAUUUUUUCUUCCUCUGUGCGUUUGCGUGGAUGUUCCUUGAAGGGUUUCAGCUUUAUGUGAUGCUGAUUGAAGUAUUUGAAGCUGAAAAAUCACGCAUUCGGUGGUAUUACACAUUCGCCUAUGGAGCACCUCUAAUAAUUGUAGCUGUGUCUUGCAGUGUUGACCACAUGAGUUAUGGAACUGAAAAAUACUGCUGGCUUCGUGCAGAUAAUUUCUUCAUAUUCAGCUUUGUUGGACCUGUUAUAGCUGUGAUACUUGCAAAUCUAGUCUUCUUGAGUAUGGCAAUAUACAUGAUGUGUCGUCAUGCAAGUGCGUCAGCAUCGAUGAAGAGCAAAGAACACUCGAGGCUUGCCAGUGCCAAUGGGAAGGAGGAGAAUGCUCUCCAGAACAAAUUGCAAUCACACCUGUCAUGGCUGAGGGGAGCUAUUGUCCUUGUUUUCUUGCUGGGACUUACCUGGACCUUUGGAUUACUCUACUUGAAUGAAGAAUCACUUGCAAUGGCAUAUAUAUUUACAACACUGAACAGUUUUCAAGGAAUGUUUAUCUUCAUUUUUCACUGCAUUCAGAAUGACAAGGUGCGAAAGGAAUACAGGAAGCUGGUGCGGAGGUACCCGUGGCUGCAGUGUAGGAAGAAGAGCAGCAGGAGCGGAGCAGCCAAGGAGCACGGAGGACGUGGCAUGGCUUCCGGAUCGGGCUCGGGAUCUGGUUCGGGUUACGCUGCCAACAAUCCCAACUCCCACUCGACGGACAGUUCGGCCCUGUCACCGCACGGCACUAGCAACAUUUCGUUUAAAUCGUACAGCCGUGAUUCUGGACACGGUGGCUCUGAGCAAGAGGACUCUGGGACAAGUGCUAACCCGAGUACGUUACGUCUGCAACCGGCUGUGCGGGACAGGGAAGCCCGUACUGCUGGGAAUGUCGGUGGAGCACCACGUUCUCCUAGUCCCUGGAACCACACUUACACCGAAAUCCGUGAUGCCGAUCCCGUCUACGAGGAGGUCGGGCGACGAGCAGGUGUCGUGCCUGUGCACGGAGGUGCAGGAAGUAGUUCACGGCGGCGUGGUGGAGGUGCGGGUACAACUGCUGGGACACUGAGGGGUGGUAGCGUCGGCGGCCUGGACCACAGGCCACUAAUCUCGGGUGGCGAUCGUGACACGACUACACCACGUGCACGCAAUGCUCGCACAGUUGCUGUACUUGACGGUGAGACAGUCGUUUGCCAUCUGGAACCUGAACGUUACGAUUCAUGUGAUUACGAUCCACGUGACUACGAAGCUAAUAGUUACGAUUACGGCAUCGGUGGCUACGACCCUCGCGACUACGACACUCGUGACUAUGGAAUUCAUGGGUACGAUCCACACGAUUGUGAAGAGCAGCAUCAGCAGACACAGCCACAACUACAGUCACAGCCACAGUCACAGUCACAGCCCCAGCCACAGUCCCAGACCCAGACACAGUCACAUCCACACUCACAAUCAGAUUCCCAGUCACAGUCACAGUCAGAUUCACAGCCGCAGCCACAGCCACAGCCACAUUCACAUUCACAUCCACACCCACAUCCACAUCCACAUGGACAUGGACAUGCACAUGCACAUGCACAUGCACAGUCUCAGCCACAGUCACAACCACAGCCACAGUCACAGUCACAGCCCCAAUCACAGCCACAGCAACAGUCUCACCAUCACCACCACCACCAUCGCCGGCGGCAUCACCACCGUGAGCACCGCGAACAUCGUGAACACCGGUAUCCUUAUGGGUCUCCGGCAGACACAGCCUACAGCGAAUGUUAGGCAACUACUUUCUGUGCAAUGAGUCUCGAUCUUGUGAUGAGAAAUAAUUGGUCGAAUCCCUGCCACUGUAUGCUGAAACUAGGAAUAAGUAGGUUGUGCUUGAUACUGUCUGAAAACGUGUAAUAAUAUGCAUUAUCUUUCAUUGUAUGGCCAUCCCUUGCUCUUCCUGCUCAGUGAACUGUAGAAGUUUUGGGUACUUUCGAUGUGAUUUGGUGUUGGUCACCUAAAAAUGAAGUGUAAUAAUUUCACAAUUAGUGUACUCCAAAGUUUUAAAUGUGAAAUCCUUCAGGAGAGAUCCACAAUGAGAAUGGUGACUAAAGAUGUAAUAUAAGAGACAUCUGUGAUCGAACAACGCAGAUGGACACACAUUCCUUUAUGUCGGUGUCGAGGUUGAUGGAAGCCUCUCCUACUCACUGAUCACGCAUUUCUUCCGUUACCUGAUGCCACUCCCUUCCCCCUAGCUGACAAAUAGAAAAUGAUGGCUUAUCUGAUGCUACCCCUCCUUAGUUGUAGAAUCGUAUAUGUUCCCCUGGUUUUAUCGUGCUGUGUGUUCUCUUUGUGUAACUGCGUAAGUUAACAUGGAUGUCAAAUUAUGCAAAUUUGUGUAAAACUACUGAUUGUCAGUCAAUGUUACAUUAUAUAAAAUUUAUAUGUUCAGAGCAGAGUUGUAAACUGGAUGUUAUAUUAUAUAAGAUAUGUAUCCACAUCAAAUGCAUAUGAAUUGAACUAAAGGAGACCACUGGUAGUCAGUUUCAGAAACUGAGUGAAAUGUAGGUUCUGCAAGAGCUGACUGCCGUGAAUUCCUUGGUUUGGUCUGUAUUUGUUGUAUGUUGUAGUGAAAUGUGUGACAAUUAUCUUCUGUGUGUACCAAACUCCCACAAAAAGUGUAAUAUCAGUACCCUUCCUCCUGACUUACUGUGCAUCGGAAUACUGUAAAUUUUUGUGUCAUUUCCCUACCCCUUGCGAUUCCCGUAAGAUGUAACCGAAGUAAUGUUUUCUGAGAAUGGAAUGUAUCUAUAUAUGUAUGUAAUGUAAAUAAAUGUCAGAUAAGUCACCUGGAAAGAUAAAUUACUGUGUUUAGUUGAGAAUGAUUUCUGGACUCGGCCAGGUUGUAUUUGUCUGAAAGACUGUUAACAGUUAUGUAACGGACAAUUUGAGAUUGCACAACUGUUUGAAAUAAAUUAUUUAAGAGUU